UUUAUCCAAAGUUCCAUACAAGGAGAGAAGAUAAUGACAGUCCCGAGGAAGAAAACUCAGCGCGAUCUCCGAAGAUUGGAGAAAGCUGAAAAGGCUGCUCAACUAGAUAAGAGUAUUGAAAGUGAACUAAAGGAGCGCCUAAGGAAGGGUGUCUAUGGUGAAAUUUAUAAUUUCCCCUUCAAGCAGUUUGAUACUAUCCUUGACAUGGAAAAAUAUGAGUUGGCUCCUGAGAUAGAAGAGGAAGAAGAAGGCGACAUAGAGUAUGUUGAAGGUGAUGAUAUCGAGAUGGGUGACAUGGAUGAUAUGGAAGAUUUUGAAGGCUUUGGUGAUGAAGAUGGUAAACAUUUCCCUUGUUUCUACUGAUUUUAAUUUUGCAUGUUAUAGAGUGCUCUGGUUUGU